AGGAAAGUUAAACUCAUUGACUCUCAGGGCUCUGACUAAGCCAAACGUUAUAUAAUACCCAGGCUGAAAACACAAGCGUUCACUUUCAAGUUGGACAGGAGAGUUGAGAGAACUAAAGACUUGGUAAGGUUGGGUUCGACAACAUAAUCGCACUUUAUAAGCUCUCGAGACCGACGUCUGUAGCAAAGCUAAAACAUUGGUCUAAGAAUCAGUUCGAGUCGGAGCUAUUUGAGCCUACCAAUUAGCUGCUGGGAAAACGGGCUUGGCUUCUAGAUUAUCAAAGUGGAAGUUCACAACAUUAAAGAAUUGUACCACAAGAUAACGUAAAGCAAGACCUUCAAAACUGUGACUGACCAUUACCAACAUGAAGAUCACCAUUUCGAUAUUAGCGUCGGUCAUCAUAUCAACCUUUUGGACACUGGCCUUGUCAAAACGUUUACGUCCUAAACUUCUUGGAGACGCUAUUUACAAGCGAGAUUUGGAAACUCGACACGUAAGCACUCAGAAAAAGAUUGUGCUAUUUCAUAACUUUCUUCGCAGCCGAGUGAAACCAUCCGCCAGUGAUAUGCUCGAGAUGACUUGGCACCAGGGAGCAGCGGAAGACGCCCAGAGGUGGGCAGAAACUUGUAAGGACUUAACCCAUGACAACACAACAGGAAGAUGGGUGGAAGAAUAUGGAUCCUGUGGGCAAAACAUUUUCAUUGCUAACAUGAAAGUUCCGUGGUUCUUUGCAAUCAAAAUUUGGUACUUAGAGCACCAGAACUUUACCUACGGUGGUUCCUCCAACAUACCAAGCCUUGUAGGUCAUUACACACAGAUGGUGUGGUACAGUUCCCACAAGAUAGGCUGUGGAUUUCAUUACUGUGGACCUGACAAAGUGAAACAGCCGUAUUACAACUACGUUUGUAACUACUGUCCAAUAGGUAACCAUCCUGAUAAAUUUGACACUCCUUACACUCGUGGUGAACCGUGUGGAAAUUGUCCAGGACAGUGCAAAUACAAGAAGCUCUGCACAAAUGGGUGUGAAUACGCUGACCUGUGGAUGAACUGCUAUGAAAUCAACUCUACCUGGCAUCAAUGGUUGUGUGGUGAUCCUCGACGAGAGCGCCAUCAUGCGUGUAAAGCCACUUGUUUGUGCGACCAAACAAUGAUUCGUUAAAGUAUCAUAACUACAGUGUUUUAUGGUGUAUUUUUUCGACAGCCACGAGCCAAACAUGAAAAACAUAUUUAGAAUAGAAUAAGUAUUUAAAAAAUGGAAUGAGAUCUGAAACAAAUUAAAGGACUGAUGGAAUUUUGUUGUCUCCAAAUUAGACGUCAGUAACCAAGGUGCGAUCAACUCGUCAACUAUUGUAAAAUCUUUAACCUUGAAAAAAAAACAAAUAAGAUAUACAACAUAAAUUCGAUCUUGAAUUUAAAUGGUAAAUUGUCGAUAUCACAAGUGUAAAAUUGUUAAAUUUAAUUUACUCAUGCUGUAAUCAAAACUUUACCUAUACUUGUAGUUUUAAGUAUUGAGGUUCUCUUAGUUGUUUUGACGACAUUUACAUUUUCUGGUUUUUUUAAGACGAUCUUUGCUGUCUAAAGUUUAAUAUCAGUUAACUUCAGUAACAACAAAUUUAUUUACAAAACGUCAAUUGUUAAAAACAUCAAAUUAUCCUUUUAAAGAAAUUACAGAUUUAAAUUCUAAUAUAAGAUUUAUUAGAAAAUAUAUUCAUUAUUAGAAAACAUACUGCUCGCUUACAUUAUUGUUUUCAUCACUUUUAUCCUUAUAAAUAAUUUAUUUUGUCUAUUAAUAUUUCAUCAUCUUAAAACCUCUUGUCACUACAAUUAACAAUUUGCUGUUGUUUCUACUAUUAAUUUUUCAUCACUGUAGCAUGUUAACACUUUUAAGAAAAUGUUUGUCGUAACUAUUUAUUUUCAAAUACUGUAACAUUUUACGCCUUCAAGUAACUUUCUGUCGCUGCUAUUAAUUGUUCAUCACAAUAAAAUGUUAUGUCUUCUUUAAGUAACAUUUUACAUUACUAGUAAUUUUUCAUCACCAUUAUAUGUUAACAACUUUUAAGUAAUUUUUGUCGUUACUGUUAAUCUUUUAUCACUAUAACAUGUUAACAAGUUCAAGUAACGAUUUGUUAGUACUAUUAAUUGUUCAUCGAUACAAAAUGUUAAAACCUUUAACGCUUUGUACUACUAUUAAUUUUUCACCACUAUAAGAUGUUAACAACUGAAACUAAGAUUUUGUCGUUACUGUUAUUUUUUUUGUCACUUUUUCUUGUGGUAACGCCUUUUUCAAGUAAUUUUCUGUCAUUACUGCUAAUUUUCAUCACAAUAACACGUUAGUGUCUUCUUUAAGAAACGUUUUGUAUUACUAUUAAUUGUUCAUCAUUAUAACAUGUUGACAACUUUUUAAGUAACAUUUUGAUACUAUUAUUAAUUUUUAUCACUAUAACACGGGAACUCCUUCUUAAGUCAUAGUGUAUCUGUAGCUGAGUAAUUUAAUCAGUAAAAUAAUUCUUCAUGAUAAGUUCUCCUUCACCCAUUUGUACCGCAUCGCUUCUAGUCUACAGACCACUAAAAUGGAUAAUGUAUUUCAUGAUUGUUUUGAGUAUUUUUUUUAUAACUAAGACCUUCUGAUUUUACUGUGUUACAUAAACACGUUUUUUGGGUUUUUUUUUAUAUGAAAGUUACUGAUUAUGUUUUAUUAUACAGUUAAGUUUUCACCUGAUUGGUUGAAAAGUCGCAAGUAUUGCCACCUUGCAGCCAGAAAGGUUAUUGUUGUAUGUGCAUUUUUAACCCAGUUUAUUAUAAUGAUCCACAUGUGAUGUUUUACCACCAUAUAUUUUAUAAAUAAAUGUUUUCGAAGAGA